AACGAGAGACACUAGAGACUGCUCUCUGCUAUGGCCUGGCUGAGGGCACCCUCUCUCCUCUCAUCUGUCUCUUUUCAUCCUCCUUUUCAUCUGCUCGAUCGCUCCGCUUUUCCUCCCCGCUAGUCUUUCAUCUCCUCGGUCUAUUUUCUCCUACACCUCUUUCUCUUUCAGUCUCACCUCUACAUCACAAGCAGUCACAUACAUUCCUCUCAUGUCCACCUCCCAGCAGAAGACAUAUGCAUGUCUACUGUGAUAAGAAAUGUAAUAAUAUAUAUUAUUUUCAUUAGUUUGUUAGUGCGACCAACCACAGUACCGGUAGACUGAGCAGUGACUGGUGGCUAAAUGCUAAAUCUAUUUCUCCCUUUAGCAUGACUAGAGAGUGGUAGACAGUAGGUGGCUUGAUGACAGAGCUGUAUGUAUACGUAGAGGUUAUUUCCUAAUCCUUUAAUGGGGUGCAGGGUUUGUGGCUGCUCUGACCUCCCCUCCAUCCUUCCCUUCCUGAAUAGUCGGCACAUGUCCUAGAGGCACACGGGGGCGCCAUUGCUGCCUGGCCGGCCGGUCCGUGGCAAGUGGUGGUCCGGCAAGGUCGGAAUACUGAACAAACAAAGGGAAAGGAAAAAAAACACAUGACUGUGUGACUCCCUCACCCCUAGGGCACCUGAAGGACCCAAAACACUGAAUCAUCAUCCUCCGAUGAUGAGAGAUCACAGGAUCUGUAGAGGUCAUGCCACACUGCAGAACACAGCCAGCUAGGCAGGGAGAGUCGGGCUGGGGAUGGCUGCACAGACACAUGCCUGCCCGGAAAAGCGAGACAGGGGGUGGAGUACAUUGGAACCACAUUGAAGAAUUAGGCCUCAAACUUAACUAGCCUGGUUUCAGUUAGCCAAAUUAGCCAUGUGUUCGCUGGCUUGAGGCUUCACACAAAGGCAGGUCAACACCAGACCCCACCUCUCUCAGUACUGAGCAGUUAGUUAGAGAAUGGCAUGGAUGGAUGGAUGGAUGGAUGGAUGGAUGGAUGGAGUGACUAUGUUCCUUCCAGUAUGGAGCAGGAGUGAGAAUGUUAACUUUCUUUCCAGUGAAUCAAGAAUGGAAGAUUUGACUCCAUGGGAUCAUGAUAUGGAAGGUACUCUUUGGAACUUAAUCUUCCCCUUGGUACACUGUUGUCUUGGGCCUGGCGGUGGAGAUUGUCAAUUACACACUGCAUUAUGGGUCAUCCAACAGAGUGAAGUCAUCAAAGUCGUAUUGGGAUCCCAACUUUCCUCUCUCCUCGGGCUCUUGGUGUUGAGCAGCAGCAACUGAACAGAACUAACGAGUGUAAACCUGGCAUCAGCCUCUUCUCUGGGCGCCCUCACAGGCAGAGCCCAGACCCAACCAAUCCUGUCAAGCCUGUCCUGAUUUGACAGGCGCUAUAACUAUGGAGAGAGGAUGAGGGACUGCCACUGGUCACAGCGGGAACCCGGUUCCGUUGUCACUCUCCGUUUCAUUGCCCCAAGGUUAUGUCAAAAAGGACCUGCAUUGUUCUACUGUUGUUACUUUCCGUGUCUCUUCCCGCGCUUCUCAGUGAUGGAUGUAGAAAACGUGUUGUCAGCGCAACAGCUCCUUUCAUAAGAAACGUAAGUCUUACAUCAGCCAUUUUUAGGAGUCUGUGAGCAGGUGAGUGCGGGACCCUGUCUGCCCCACUGUCCAGUGACAUAAUGAGCUGGAGCUUCCUCACGCGGCUGCUGGAGGAGAUCCACAACCACUCCACCUUCGUGGGGAAGCUGUGGCUCACCGUGCUUGUCGUCUUCCGCAUCGUCCUCACCGCCGUCGGAGGAGAGUCCAUCUACUACGACGAGCAGAGCAAGUUCGUCUGCAACUCGGGCCAGCCGGGCUGCGAGAACGUCUGCUACGACGCCUUCGCGCCGCUGUCGCACGUCCGCUUCUGGGUCUUCCAGAUCAUCCUGGUGGCCAUGCCAUCUCUCAUGUACAUGGGCUACGCCGUCAACAAGAUCGCCCGGCUGGACAAGGGCGGGGGAGGGAUGGCCACUGAGACAGGGAGAGGGGGCUACACCCAUCGGAGGCCCAGGAAGAUCUGCUUCGGGGCGCAGCAGCACCGGGGUAUAGAGGAGGACCAGGACCAGGACCAAGAGGAUGACCCUAUGAUCUACGAGGUGCCUGAGCCCGAGCCCCCUCGCCGGGUCGACCCGCUGGCCCCGCGGCCCAAGCCCAAGGUACGCCAUGACGGGCGGCGGCGUAUCCAGGGUGAUGGGCUGAUGCGUAUUUACGUGUUGCAGCUGGUGACUCGCACGGCACUGGAGGCGGGCUUCCUGGCGGGCCAGUACCUGCUGUACGGCUUCCGCGUCAUUCCCGUGUUCGUGUGCUCCUUCAAGCCCUGCCCCCACAGCGUGGACUGCUUCGUGUCGCGGCCCACGGAGAAGACCAUCUUCCUGCGCAUCAUGUACGGCGUCACUGUGCUCUGCCUCACCCUCAACGUGUGGGAGAUGCUGCACCUGGGCAUCGGGACCAUCUGUGAUAUCCUCCGCCGUCGCCGCUGCCCGCCCCAGGAGGACGAGUACCAGCUGGGGCUGCUGGGACCCAGCGUGGGGGUCUCCGUGGGGGUGCCAGUCCCGGAGCCGGGCACGGGGGGAGGGGUGGUGGGGGACGGGGGUGCUGACUACGUGGGGUACCCGUUCUCGUGGAACGCCCCGUCGGCUCCGCCGGGCUACAACAUCGUGGUGAAGCCGGAGCAGAUCCCCUACACGGACUUGAGCAACGCCAAGAUGGCGUGCAAGCAGAACCGGGCCAACAUCGCCCAGGAGGAGCAGCAGCAGUUUGGGAGCAACGAGGACAAUUUCCCCACGGGAGGGGAGGCCCGCGUGGCCCUCAACAAGGACAUGAUCCUGCAUGCCCAUGACCAGCUAGAGGCAGCCAUCCAGGCCUACAGCCAGCAGCACAGGGCAGAGGAACACCUGGGGGACAACCAUGAUGACAAGCCCCGAAGCAACAUCACCCAGGCCCAGGCCCAGGCCCAGCCUCAGCCGCAGCCUCACAAGGAACGCAAGCACCGAUUCAAACAUGGCAAGGGGGGCAGCAGUGGAGAAGGGAAUGGGAGCAGCAGCAACAGCAGUAGCAGCAAGUCAGGGGUGGGCAAGCCUUCUGUGUGGAUUUGACCCCGUACACACACAAAUAGACAAACACACACACACACACUCCAGCCCUGGCCUGAGCCAGCACUGACGGAGCCCCAUAUCCCUGUAGAGUAUGUGUCAGUGGGGAAAGGGGUGGCCCCGAAAACGCCAGGACCGGCCCUGAAUGAAGGGCUGAGGUAGUGGAAUGUCAUGUUGUCUUUCUGUGGAUAUUUCAACACCAUGUUGUGCCUUUAAAAAUCCCACAAGCUGGAGGAGACUAGCCUACAGUAGUAGUAUGUCAGUGUGGACAGGUAAGGACCGGUGUGUCAGGAGCAUUAGGGAUUUUGUAGCAGGCGGCAGUUUGUCUGGGCUGUCGCUGUCUAACCUAAAACACCCCGACACAACUCUUUGAAACAGUCUCUAGUGUUUCUGAACUCUUCCAAUUCUGAAGCAGACACUUGUUCUCUGUUGUCUUUCUACUGUCCCGUCUUCCAGUAGCCUGAUGACUCACACUAAAUUAUUCUGUAGUUCGCUGCACACUUUAGUCUGAGCCUGCCACCGUUGAAGUCAUUUGUGGUGACGAAGGGCACAAGGGGCAUUGUACAAAACAAAGUCAUCAGCGAUUGGAUCGUCUCUAACCAAUCAGAGCCCAUGGGCGCCGCUUUACUCACGUGUGUUCUGGCUCUGGCCCAACCCAUCGGUUUCUGGACCAAUCAGAUGGCGUCGAAUGUGUUUGCAUUCGGUGAAGGGUGCUCAGAUCCAGACUCAUUGAGGAGAAGAAACUAACAUCCGUGGGCGUGGCAUAGCGUUUGGCCGGAGCAAGGAUUCUGGGCAACCAGGCAAGUCUUCCAGAGGAUAUUGGGCUGAGAAAAUUACCAUAUCUUUAUCAUCAUCUUUUUUUUUCUUCUGAUGCAUUUAUUUUUAUCCCGUCCGUUUUCUUGGUGAUCCUGACUUCCAUUCCAGAUUUCGAUCAAGCUAAUUUGUUGGCUGACUUCCUACAAAGUCACAGACUUUGUAAUACAUUGGCACCCGAAUGAAUGAACAUCGUAAUGCAAUGAAUGACAUCGUAAUACAAAGACAGUUUAAAGAAUGACUUUAUAAUGUAAUGACAUCACAAUACAAUGACAUCAUAAUGCAAUGACUUCAUAAUGCAACGACUUCAUAAUGCAGGGAUGAUAAUGAAAAGGUCAAUCAUAAUGUGGAUGUUCACCUUCCCUGAAGGCUAUUGUGUAUCUAUUAUCUCUCCAAGGUCACUGAUGUUUAGUGUGUGCGACUUUAUAUUUGACCCAGGCCAAGUCUUUGAGUGCAUGCAUCUUCCAGGUGGAGGGACAGUUCAUGGCUUGAUCAGAUGAAAGUGGUCAGGGAUAUAUGGUUGAUUUAGACGGAGUCUGGUGAAGAGUGCUACUCUUGUACCCAAUGGAGUUCCCCUCCUUCCCAAUGUGUAUGAGAAUCAAUUAUUCUCACCAUUAAUUAAUACCAUUUAUUGACAACUCCCUCUGUAAACCUGCAAUCUUUUCACUUUAUUUUCUUUGUGUUUCUCCGUCUCUAGUUCUCUCCAGUUUGGACCUGUGUAAGGUUUUGUCAGUACUGGGUUGGCAUUUUAUCUGUCUGGUUAUUGAGUGCCCCCUGGUGGUACAGCUUUUAAACUAAGGAUAUAUCAUCCCCUUGGUACAAUAUGGCUUACUUUAAGUUGCUAUCUUACUAGUACUUACUAAUGUCGAGUUACCAAUGAUCACCCAGCAUUCCAAACACCUGAAGUUAGUCUCUCCCGUUACACAGUAGACUACUGUUUCCUUUUCAACCUCUUCCUUACAAGUCUUCCGUACAGUGUUCUAUAUGAGACCAACAAAGCUGGAAACCCCCCCAGCUCUCUAAGCUAGCUGUGUUGAUGAUCUGCCUCUCUGUUCUCCUCUGUCCGAAGUAUUUCUCUGAACUGCCAUAUGGGGUUCGUCCUAAAUAGCACCCUAUUUCCUAUGGGCCCUGGUCAAAAGUACUGGAAUAUAUAGGGAAUAGGGUGCCAUUUGGGAUGAAGCUAUAGAGACCAAACACUGUUCGUGUGAUGAAGGCAGCGUCACUGCCAUUGCCAAGACAACGUUAGGCUACUAUGCAGCCAGGUUGUGAUGUAGCUUUGCCAAGGAGUACUGUGGCCGUGCUACCUGAAUCACAAAGGAGAAGAACAUGUGUAUGACCAAUCCUUUGUAUUUUUUGUAAAAGUUGCUAUUUUUUCAAAUUAUGUCUGUGUGUUUUGGUGUGUUUAGGGAGGUCUAAUGUAGCAGAGGGGAAAUUGGUUUCCUUUUUCUUUUCUUUUUUGACCAGUUGUGUUUUUCAAACUUUUUUUUCUUCAAUAAAGAUUUUUAAAAUAAACAAUAAAGAUUGUAUUUACAGAUA